CCGGAGCUUUGCGCCAGUGUCGCGGGACGCGCUGUCAUCCGGCCGCUGCCGCACCGAGCGCGGCGGGGCCGCGGCGCCCGGGACACGUGAGGGCCGGGACAGCCACCGGCACCGGGACCGGCACCGGGACCGAACAGGCGCACGGCGGCCAUGGCCGGGAACAGCCUGGUGCUGCCCAUCGUGCUGUGGGGCCGGCGCGCCCCCACGCACUGCGUGUCCUCCCUGCUGCUCGUGGAUGGCUCUGUCAUCGUCACCGGCUGCCACGACGGGCAGAUCUGCCUCUGGGACCUGGCUCCUGACCUGCAGAUCAAUCCCAGAGCUCUGCUCUUUGGUCAUACAGCCUCAGUUACUUGUUUAUCCAAGGCCUCAGCUUCCAGUGAAAAGCAAUAUAUAGUGAGUGCAUCAGAGAGUGGGGAGAUGUGCCUGUGGGAUGUGAACGAUGGGAGAUGCAUUGAGUUCACCAAGCUGGCCUGUGCACACACAGGCAUCCAGUUCUACCAGUUCACGGUCGGCACGCAGCGCGAAGGGAGACUCCUGUGCCAUGGGCAUUACCCUGAAAUUCUGGUGGUGGAUGCAACCAGCCUUGAGGUUCUUUACUCGCUGAUAUCCAAGAUCUCUCCUGACUGGAUCAGCUCCAUGGCCAUCAUCCGCUCCAACAGGACACAAGAGGACACUGUCGUGGCUGUGUCCGUGACUGGCAUCCUGAAGGUCUGGAUCAUCACCUCAGAGGUCAGUCGGAUGCAGGACACCACGCCGGUGUUUGAGGAGGAGUCCAAGCCCAUCUACUGCGAGAACUGCCAGAGCAUUUCCUUCUGCGCCUUCACGCAGCGCUCGCUCCUCGUCGUGUGCUCCAAGUACUGGAGGGUCUUUGAUGCUGGAGAUUAUUCCCUCUUAUGUUCAGUGCCCAGUGAGAACGAGCAGACCUGGACUGGUGGGGACUUUGUGGCAGCUGAUAAAGUGAUUGUAUGGACAGAGGAUGGACAGAGUUUCAUCUAUAAAUUACCAGCCAGCUGCCUCCCAGCCAGCGAUUCGUUCCGCAGGGAUGUGGGGAAGGCAGUGGAGAACCUGAUCCCACCUUUGCUGUACAGCGUGUUGGACAGGGCAGAGAAACAGCUCCUGAUAUGUCCUCCAGUGACUCGCUUCUUCUGUGGCCAGAGAGAGUUCUCCUACAGGCUCUUAAUCCAAGGGGACUCCUCAGGGAGGCUGUGCAUUUGGAGCGUGCCCGACAGCCUUGAGCAGCAGGAGGGUGCAAAAGGCCUGCAAGCCACCACGUCCAGGUCCCUGCAGGAGGCCUUUGACCAGCUGAGCCCGCGGCCCGCGGGGAUCAUCGACCAGCUGAGCAUGGUGGCCAACGCCAGCGAGCCGCUGCGCGUCACCGCCAGCGUCUACAUGCCGGCCCACGGGCGGCUGGUGUGCGGCCGCGAGGACGGCAGCAUCGUCAUCGUGCCCGCCACGCAGACCGCCAUCGUGCAGCUGCUGCAGGGGGAGCACACGCUGCGCCGAGGCUGGCCCCCCCACCGCACGCUCCGAGGCCACCGGAACAAGGUCACGUGUCUGCUGUACCCUCACCAGGUGUCCUCCCGCUACGACCAGAGGUACCUCAUCUCAGGAGGGGUGGAUUUCUCCGUCAUCAUCUGGGAUAUCUUCUCGGGAGAGAUGAAACAUAUCUUCUGUGUCCACGGAGGAGAGAUCACCCAGCUGCUGGUUCCACCAGAAAAUUGCAGUGCCCGAGUCCAGCACUGCGUUUGCUCUGUCGCCAGCGAUCACUCCGUGGGCCUGCUGAGCCUGAGGGAGAAGAAGUGCAUCAUGCUGGCAUCCCGCCACCUGUUCCCCAUCCAGGUGAUCAAGUGGAGGCCAGCCGAUGACUACCUGGUGGUGGGCUGCUCCGACGGCUCCGUGUACGUCUGGCAGAUGGACACCGGGGCUCUGGACCGCUGCGUGAUGGGCAUCACGGCCGUGGAGAUCCUGAGCGCCUGCGACGAGGCCGUGCCGGCGGCCGUGGACGCGCUCAGCCACCCCGCCGUCAACCUGAAGCAGGCCAUGACCCGCCGCAGCCUGGCCGCCCUCAAGAACGUGGCCCACCAGAAGCUGCAGACCCUGGCCACCAACCUGCUGGCCUCCGAGGCCUCAGACAAGGGGAAUUUACCGAAAUACUCCCACAACUCCCUGAUGGUUCAGGCCAUCAAGACGAACCUGACAGACCCAGACAUCCACGUGCUGUUCUUCGACGUGGAGGCGCUGAUCAUCCAGCUGCUGACCGAGGAGGCCUCGCGGCCCAGCGCCGCCCUGGUGUCCCCCGAGAACCUGCAGAAGGCGCCCGGCGGCGCCGACAAGGGCGGCUCCUUCCUCGCCGGCAAGCGGGCGGCCGUGCUCUUCCAGCAGGUCAAGGAGACCAUCAAGGAGAACAUCAAGGAGCACCUGCUGGACGACGAAGACGAGGAUGAGGAGGCCGUGAGGCAGAGGAGAGAAGACGGCGACCCGGAGUAUCGCUCCAGCAAAUCCAAACCGCUGACUCUGCUGGAGUACAACCUGACCAUGGACACGGCCAAGCUCUUCAUGUCCUGCCUGCACGCCUGGGGCCUCAACUCGGUGCUGGACGAGCUGUGCCUGGAUCGCCUGGGCAUGCUGAAGCCGCACUGCUCCGUGUCCUUCGGCCUCCUGUCGCGGGGCGGCCACAUGUCCCUGAUGCUGCCCGGCUACAACCAGCCCGUGGGCGGGGCGGCCCUGGAGCAGCUGGGCAGGAAGAUGUCGGUGACCGAGGGCCCGGGCAAGGGCACCUACGGCGUGUCCCGGGCCGUCACCACGCAGCACCUGCUGUCUGUCAUCUCCCUGGCCAACACGCUGAUGAGCAUGACCAACGCCACCUUCAUCGGGGAGCACAUGAAGAAAGGCCCCAGCAGGCCACCCAGGCCGGGCACCCCCGAGAUGGCCAAGGCGAAGCCGCCCCCUCCCGUGUCCAGCCAUGCAGCACAAGGGCAAAUCAAACAAGUUGCUCCUGCUGCUGCUUCCAGCACGGAAUCUGGGCACUCUGACACUUCUGCUUUCCAUUCCUGUUUCUUAGUCAACGAAGGCUGGAGCCAGCUGGCUGCCAUGCACUGCGUGAUGCUGCCCGACCUGCUGGGGCUGGAGAAGUUCCGGCCGCCCCUGCUGGAGAUGCUGGCCCGCAGGUGGCAGGAUCGCUGCCUGGAGGUGCGGGAGGCGGCGCAGGCGCUGCUGCUGGCCGAGCUGCGCCGGAUCGAGCAGGCGGGCCGCAAGGAGACCAUCGACACCUGGGCUCCCUACCUGCCCCAGUACAUGGACAGCGUCAUCUCCCCUGGAGUGACCACAGAAGCCCUUCAGAGUGCCAGUGCCCCCCCAGAUCCCUCAGGAGCAGAGGCCAAGGUGCAGGAGGAGGAGCACGACCUGGUGGAUGAUGACAUUGCAGCAGGCUGCCUGGCGGGGCUGCCCCAGCCCAAGAAGGUGUCCACGUCCUACGAGGAGAGGCGCAAGCAGGCCACGGCCAUCGUGCUGCUGGGCGUCAUCGGCGCCGAGUUCGGCGCCGAGAUCGAGCCGCCCAAGCUGCUGACGCGGCCGCGCAGCUCCAGCCAGAUCCCCGAGGGCUUCGGCCUCACCAGCGGGGGAUCCAACUACUCCCUGGCCAGGCACACCUGCAAGGCGCUGACGUUCCUGCUGCUGCAGCCGCCCAGCGCGCGGCUCCCGGCGCACAGCACCAUCCGCCGCACCGCCAUCGACCUCGUCGGCCGCGGCUUCACCGUCUGGGAGCCCUACAUGGACGUGUCGGCCGUGCUCAUGGGGCUGCUCGAGCUCUGCGCCGACGCCGAGAAGCAGCUGGCCAACAUCACAAUGGGGCUGCCCCUGAGCCCCGCGGCCGACUCGGCGCGCUCGGCUCGCCACGCGCUGUCCCUGAUCGCCACCGCCCGCCCGCCCGCCUUCAUCACCACCAUCGCCAAGGAGGUGCACCGGCACACGGCGCUGGCGGCCAACACGCAGUCGCAGCAGAACAUCCACACCAGCACGCUGGCCCGCGCCAAGGGCGAGAUCCUGCGCGUCAUCGAGAUCCUCAUCGACAAGAUGCCCUCCGACGUCGUGGACCUGCUGGUGGAGGUGAUGGACAUCAUCAUGUACUGCCUGGAAGGAUCUUUGGUUAAGAAGAAGGGUCUUCAGGAAUGUUUUCCAGCCAUCUGCAGGUUCUACAUGGUCAGUUACUACGAGCGCAGCCACCGCAUCGCCGUGGGCGCGCGCCACGGCUCCGUGGCACUCUACGACAUCCGCACGGGCAAGUGCCAGACCAUCCACGGCCACAAGGGGCCCAUCACUGCCGUGGCGUUCGCCCCCGACGGCCGGUACCUGGCCACCUACUCCAACUCCGACAGCCACCUCUGCUUCUGGCAGAUGAACACCUCUCUCCUGGGGAGCAUCGGCAUGCUCAACUCCGCCCCCCAGCUGCGCUGCGUCAAGACCUACCAGGUGCCGCCGGUGCAGCCGGCCUCGCCCGGCUCGCACACCGCGCUGCGCCUGGCGCGCCUCAUCUGGACCUCCAACCGCAACAUCAUCCUCAUGGCCCACGACGGCAGGGAGCACCGCUUCAUGGUCUAGCAGGAGCAGGGCGCGGGGGCCGCUCCGCUCCGAGCGUGCCCGGCACCGCGGGAGCAGGAGCGGCUCCUCCCGAAGCCGGCUGAGCCCGGCCCCUCGGCGCUGGAGAUCACCCGAGCCCUUUUCCCUGCGGAGCCUCCCAGAAUGUCAGUGUUUACCAAAAAGGCUCGUGUUUACAUGGACGUGCUCCCGCUGCCCCCGGAGCCAGGGACCUGCCUGGGAACGGGGCUGGAAUGGGGGGCCGUGGCCUGGGCCCAUCCCAAGGGGUGAAGGCUCCUUCCUGAGGGGAUUGGAAGUGCUGCUGUGCCCAGGCCGGAGGAAAAAUGAGAGUCCACGUGUAAAUAAAUAAUUUAAAACUCCUGUUCAAUGGCAGACUUGGAAAAAAGCAGUAUUUAUAUAGAAAGGUGGUUUUGGCCACCGGUGCAGGUAUUUAUUGAAGUAAAGGACAAAGGGGGCCAUUUUGAAUGGAAAAAUGAUCAAAAUUGUGGAAAAAAAUGAAUUAUUGACUGGAUGUACUGAAAUGUUUCCUUCAGUAGGAAUAUUCCUGUGUGACACUCGCUGUGACUGUGUUUCCUUCUUACAUAUCUGAUUCUGUGGAAUAUUUUGUGUGAAAUUUUCUGGUUUCUGCUCAUGGCAAAGAGAAAAAAAUCUCUCGAAUCCUUUUAUUUCAGUAUCUCUGUUUGUGCAGCUUUUCCUUGGCUGCAGAGCUCGGACCUGAGGCUGGCACUACCUCCUAAGCUAAACAUGGUACUUGUUCCAAAAACGAAGGAAUUCAUUUUUCACAUGGCUCCAGAAGAGGAAAUGAAUGUGUUUUGUUCCUCUUUGGGUGAUCUGUGUAGUGCCCAGGUGGGGUUUGCAGCCAGCCCAGGAGCUCCAUACCCCUGUGCUGUUCCAGCAGAGUUCCAGCCAGGGGCUCAGAGCCUGAGGAGGGUUAACUCGAGCUGCUGGAGGUGGCUGUGUGCCAGGGCUGCUGCCCAUCCCUGCUGCCAGCUUUGCGUGUCCCUGGCGCUGCUUGGCCUCGUCCCUGUGCCUGUGGAGGUGUCCCUGGAUGAGGGGGGGGAUGAAGUCACCCUGGGAUGGCCCCAGUGUCUGCCUCUCCACCAGUCCCUGCCCUCUGUGGAUCAGCAUUCCUGGUGUAAAUAUGCUUGUGGAAUAAAACUGGACUGAGACGUG